UGCUUUUGUCCAGUGAAUGUUGUAUUUCAUCUGAUGACACGGAGAUGAUUAUGUCAUGGCGUGAAUGCUGAACAGUUGGGAAGAGAACAGACCGUUAGAUGCUUCUUUAUGUCGUAAAAUAAUGUCAGUUAAACCUGACUAGUUUUCCAACUGUUAUCGCUUCUCAGGUAUUUUGUCGCCUAAUAUCUAAAAAUCGCACGGACUUUUAAAAGCAAAAAACUUACCUGCCUACACAGUAUAUGGAUGCACAAAUUUUCAUUGGAGACCAAAGACCAAAGGAAAGGAUUUGGCUCCGGAAUCUUCAUAUCAUACCCUGGACACGAGUACUCGUGUGUUCAAGUUAAAAGAGCCAUAAUGGCUGAUGAACGGUUGGAAAAGGAAGUUACCACACUGUUGCUUACAGAGUUUGACGGAAGAGCAAAGUUUGGAAAACUCAGAAGGAGUUUGUACCAGAAUAAAACUGUCAGAGACAUUGGCCUUCGUUCCGCUUUGAGGCGGAUAUCAAACAUAAACAAGUUCUUAGUCUUUGAAAAGAAUAACAACGUAAAAUGUUUGUCUGUCUUCUGCAAGGAUGCAAGUAUUUGCUGUGGAUAUCGCAGGAGAGGAUGCGAAACGUGCAAAAAGGAAAACUGCCAUAAAUUCCACGUGUGCAAAGACUUCAUCAGCGGCAGCUGCACGAGAAGAUUCAGAUGUCCUUUUGGACACGACCUUAGUAACGAAGCCAACAGGAGGUUGUCAGACAGGUUGGGUCUGUCUUCUUUUUCAUGUGAAGACAUCCGCACCAUUAUACUUUGCAGCCAACCAGCCGUGUGCGAGGAGUACAACACGGAUGGUUGUGAUGACGAUGACUGUCCAGACCUUCACGUCUGCUCUCGUUUCAUCAAACAGAAAUGUACAGCUGGGGGUUACUGUAAGUUUGAACAUUCUAUUAAAAGGUCCGACCAUAAUAAGUGGGUUCUGGACACCUUUAAUGUCAGCCAUUUGACGGAGGAAGAGUUAAGGGAGAUUAUACUAGUAAGAGUUGUUUCUGACAGGGAUAUGGGACUACAAUCGCAGAUGACACCAGCUUCAUCGACGCUGAGUCUCAUGAGUAGUUUCUCUGCGACGUCGACGAUGUCAUUGGCAACAGACAACACAGACGAAAGCGUUGUCGAUGUUUUCAGCUUCCUGCUGAAGCGUUUCAGUGGGCGAGCUAGAUUCAACACCUUUUUGACGGAAAGAGGCCAUCUUUUAGGACAUAUGGGGCGAGCGGCCAUCAUCGACUGGUUAAAGGACAAUAAAGGCCGAUUUCUUUUGUACGUACAGAGAAGUAAUUUAAAUUACGUUUCUGUUUACAACAGCCGAGCUAGGGCGUGCUUCAGGUUCUACGACCCCAGAAAGUCGGGCUGUGAUAAUAAGUCUUGUAAGUACUUCCACGUCUGUCGACAGUUUGUCGCAGGUGACUGUGUCAGCACCCUAUGCAACUACAGUCAUAGUUUCUCCUCCGGGUCAAAUGCCAAGGUGCGUUCGGAUUUGAAACUGGAUGAGUUCACUGACAGCGAAAUCUGCGCGAUCAUUCGCUGUAGUAAUCCAACCAUCUGUGUCAAUCAUAACACAUCAGGCUGUCACCUGGAUGAUUGCCCGGACCUCCAUGUUUGUUCCAAGAACACUUUCAACCAGUGUACCAGUGGCGAUGGCUGCAAGCUUGGUCACGUGAUACGAGAUUCAGGAGAACACAACGUCUACGUGUUGAAGACGUUUCAUAUGACACGUGGCGAGAGGACGUCCUUCGCAGACUCGUCAUCGCCAAGAAGGGAGAGCACAUAGAAACGCAAGAGAAUGUAGGUGCCUCUGCUAUACAGAGAGCGCCAUCUGUAGGUCAGCUACAGAAAGCCAUCAGCACCCUCGACCUCUCCAAAUCGGUGAACGACAAAGAUAUCUUUCCCGGAAAGUACGAAUACAUUUGUGCAAAGUACACCUGGACAGGUGCGUGUCCCAACAUUCCGUUCUGUCCACAUUAUCAUCACCCUGACCGCCUGCCAUACCUGUGGCUGACUGCAGAGGAUGGACAAUGGCGAAGAAUCCCCACAAGCGACGGUGUCCAGCUGGAGACACGCUUCUGUGAAUAUGAUGAUGUCUUCAAAAAAGAGUUUAAUAUUCUUGGAAUGACCCGAAUGGACUUCUGCGCUAUGUCAGCUGUAUUGAAAGGAGCACCAGUAAAGCUUAAACGACUGUCGACACCAUCAUAUGUGACUGCAACACCAGGAACUCCUCUCAACUUCUACACUCAGUGGGUGUGGUAUCGGCAAGAACGUGAUGGUAGAUACACCCCCUUCUACCCGGGGGCGCUGCAGUACACUCUGGAGGAGAAGUACCUCAAGGGACAGCACAAGUACUACUUUGAGUUUGAAGACCUUCGCCUGAUGGUGGACACUCAGUCCUCGCCGAUGAUACAAACGAACCUACAUACGCAUGGAUCCACAGUUGUCUUCCGGCGACCAAUCUUUGUAUUGACUGAAAAUGCAGAUUUUCAAAAGAUGUCGUCACUGCUGCUAAGUGAGGCUCCUGCAUCAGUGCUGCAUCAGGUACCCGACUACUGGGCUGCUGUGGACCGCUUCCAGGACUACGAGCUCGUGGAGCUGGAUUCAGAUGAUCCAGAGUACGACGCCGUGCAGCGACAGUUCUUCUCGACCAUGGACAUCAACGGACACAACAUUGUACAUGUUUUCCGUGUGCAGAACCCAGUGCUGUGGUAUAAAUACUGCAGUGCCAGACGGGCCAUGACCCCUCGAGGUCAAAGUCACGAAGACGUGGCCGAGCGCCAGUUGUUUCACGGAACCCCGACACUUCAGGCGGCCAGGGGCAUCUGCGCCAACAGCUUCGACUUCCGCAGGUCUGGAGAAAAUGUUGGAACUGUCUGGGGCAAGGGAGCUUACUUCUCCACCACAGCCAAGUACAGUCACAGCUACACACGUGUUCACACCACACUCACAGGCGACCCCCUGCGGUUCAUGUUUCUGGGAAGGAUCCUGGUGGGGCAGUACACUCUGGGCCAUUCUUCUUACACCAAGCCACCAGAGCGUGACCGGCUGAAGAUGUACGAUUCCUGCGUGAAUGAUUUGUCCAACCCCACCAUCUUUGUCAUCUUUGACCUGACACAGAGCUACCCGGAGUAUCUGAUCGAGUACAGUGAUGUAGUCCAGCCAUCUCCUCAGAACCCACCACCGCAGGUCAAGAACAGACGUCACCGCCGUCGUUAACUAAACGCCAGAGUAUCCUCAGCAGAUGCCAUGACUACAGUCUUCAUAAAUUUUAGCAUAACCUUAAUUAGUUUUUCACCUCCAGCGGCUUAUCUUUCUGAGAAGGAUCCUAGUGGGGCAGCACUCCCGGGGUCAUCCUUCCCUCACCAAGCCACGUGCGUGACCGGCUGAAGCUUUACGAUUGUUGCCUACACGAUGUUACCUGCCCCGCCAUCUUCGUUAUCUUUCACCUGGCACAGAGUAUCUGAUCCUGUACAUUGACAAAAGAGAUUUUCACUUGUUUUAACCAUGCACCACGAUCGCAGAACAAACAGACAGGUCACCAUCACGACUAUCAUUUCUAGGCAAGAAGCACAAAGACUAAAACACAAUAUGUUGCAAUGUUCCUACGCUUACUUAAUAAAUUUGAAAAGUAUUCUUUUAACAAAUAAAUUACUCAAGGCCGCCAUCAAGCCUAGAGAGUCUUUGACACUUGUUGAGCCCUUUUGUAUAAUUAAUUUUGUAACAAACGUUGGUUUAUAAUCUUCUCAUAAUUUAUCAUCUCUUUAUAUUGAUGUGAAGAAACACCAUAUUAACUGACUGGAGAACAGAACAAAGGCGUCAGUGCACAAAACUUUAUUAAACUGUUGUUUCAAGAUGAAGAUGAUAGCGCCUUUUCUGUGUGUUUUUAAGUGACAUAGUUUCUGUGUACCAUUUACUCCUUAAUAUUGGAUUUCUGCCAUUUCUAGAGAUAUACAAUUGCAUUUCUUUUCAAUGACAAGGUAGGAGUCAACAGGGAGAUUAUUCUCCACUUAAAAGCUACAAAAGUGAUAAUUUGUUUCAUCUGCUGGUGGUACCCUAGUUACGAUAAUGAGUCUUUCCUGUUUACAUGGGAAGUUGUACCCUUCUGUUUAUCUAAAUUCAUCAGACGAUGUGUCCCUGCUUCCAACACAGUCUUACGCGUUGGAGACGUGUAGUUGUCUGGAAGUGGAACAGUGUAAAAAUAAUAGUAACACAAGACAACUCGCUGAUGCAAUGCCACGUGUCCUCACCAUGUCUACUUAUAUCUGUGUAUAUAUCAGUCCUUUUUAUUCCCAGGGCUUCUGCUUACGCAAAAAAUUGCGUACAGUACUCAUUAAAAGUUCGGAGGACCCCUUCAAUUUUCGUCAAUGGGGUCCCCUUCAAAUUUGGGCGAAGAACAGGGACCCCUUAAAAAUCUGAAGAAGGGGUCCCUGGGACCCCAAAGAAUUUAGCCUUAGCAGAAGCCCUGAAUUAUAUAAAUUCCUAUGAUUAUUGUGUGUGCUAAUAAAUUUUAUUAAUAUUAUGCUUUAAUAAUAAUAAUAAUAAA